UUUAAUUCGGCUAAGGUUUUAUGCAUUGAUACCACUAUUGGACCGCCUUUUGCAUAAAAAACUGAAAUUUACUUUUUGUGACAGAUGUACAAAAAAGGGUUAACUCAAGGGAAAUUGAAGGAGAAAUAAUCCUUUUUGGGGGGGAACAGUUGCUGUGGAGCUGCUCUUGAGAUUAAUAUUUGAUUGCUAUCUGCAAGUACAGUAACAACGUGGUUUACAAUAAAUGCAAAACAGAAAUCGAAAGGAUGGCAGGAAAUUCCACCGGGGCGGUGCCCAGUCAAGGUUGGCGAAAAAGAAACAAAAACAAAAGAUAAAAGAAAAUCAAAUGCUCAGGCUGCAGAUCAUCUCAGGUGUCCCAAAGACACACAUCCAUUCUUCAUCUUCUUCUUCUUAACAGAUUUUAGCUUGUCCACAAAAUGGCUGAAUCUGACACUGUUAGCAGGCUUGGAGACCUUCUUAACACAUUCAGAACUUUACUCCACGGUCGCAGUUUAUUGUCUCCAAAAGAACUUCUCAACAAGCUGCAAGGACUUGUUACAAAUAUCAAAUGGAGCCCGGCGGAUGCCACUCACUUGUUCGAUGAUCUUCUGAAGCGAUUUGAGUCAACAACAACUAAUGACAGAUCCGAUCUCCUCUCAUGGAUGAUUAAAAUGUUGCACUGUAUAGAGAUUAAUUACAUCACUCCCAGUUGGAAGAGUCAAAGAGGAAAGACACUUAUCGAUCUGGUCCGAGACGAGACUGUAACAGAUGAAGCCCUCAAGGAAUGUUUAGCUUAUGACACAGAAAAGCAACUGGAGGAAAUUCUUGAGGAAAUCCGCCAACAAGAGUUAAACCAAAUUGACGAGAAGCUUUUAGGUGACGUGAAAGACAUUGUGUCAUCAGUUGAUAAAGAUCUUAAAGAUCACAAUGAUGGAUCACAGCGGAGUGGCUUAAAAAAAGUCUUGCUGAAGCUCUGUCGGGCGGUGGAAGAAAUUCAGAAGUACAGACCACGACUGACACAGAUGGUGAGCUGGUGCAUUAUGGCUCUUUCCAAAACAGGACGGUUAAUUCAGGUUGGCACCGGAGAGGGGAAGUCGUGUAUCGUGGCGAUGUUUGCAGCUUUUCGAGCUAUGAGAGGAGAACAAGUAGACAUCUUCACGAGUUCGUCAGUUCUUGCAGAAAGAGAUUUGGUUGAAUGGAGAAACUUUUAUAAAGUUUUGAAAAUCAGUGUAGACUGCAACACCAACAAACAUGGCAAAGACGAGUUAAAAAAGUGCUAUGACUGUCAGGUUGUUUAUGGCACUGCUCAUGAGUUUGCUGGGCACUGGCUAAACCAGCACUUUGAAAGAAUGGACAUAUUUGGAAAAAUAAGAUUCCAGUGUGCAAUUGUGGAUGAAGUGGAUUCCCUGAUGCUGGAUAAGGGCCAUGACUUGGUCUAUAUAGGUAGUGAUAUGCCUGCUUUGCAACAUCUCAAUCCACUCUUGGCAUUCAUAUGGAACACUGCUAAUCAAUACAGAAAGAUUGGCACAGAGGCAUUUGUGGGGCAAAAAUACCCCUUCCAUCAAGUUGUGCUUGAGAAAAUAUCAAAGGACAAAAAUGUCGAGGAGUUAACCAUCCUUAAAAUGGCUGAGGACACAGGUAUACUGACAAAAGGUUCAGUCAAGGACCUUCAAAAGGACCCGGGCCUUUUAACUGAAAAAACUGCAAGUGUUACUGCUAACCAGUUGGCGAAGUUCUUUGAGACAGUAGAGAGGAGAUUCCCAUCUUGCCUGUUUGAUCUGCAUUACAUCAAUAAUGAUGGAGCAAUAGAGGGCCUGAAUGAGGGUCCACAAAAAGAGGCACAACAACAGAGAGUGCCACUGCUUUUACUCAAUGGAGGCUUCUGUCAGUACAUGUAUUCUGAUACAGAGAGUAUACUGAGUGCUGCAGAAGCAAAAAUAAAAUGCGCUCUGCAUUUUACACCUUGUGAGCUCAGUAAAGAUGGAAUGACCUUCUACGUCCCGGGCUUUCUCUCAGAUCUGGUUGAUUCCAAACUAAAGGUUUGGAUUAAAAAUGCAUUCGAAGCACGAACCAUGACAAUGGGUCAUGAAUAUAUCAUCGAGGAACAUGGGGUAGUGCCCGUUGACUACAGCUCCACAGGUGUUGUUGAAAACUUCAGGACAUGGUCAGAUGGACUACAUCAGUUUCUUGAAAUGAAACAUAUGUCCAAGCUGAGUGACAUGACAGCCAUCACAAACUAUAUGUCCACUGUGGGUUUGUUUCUAAAGUAUGGAGAUCAGAUCUUUGGAAUAUCUGGGACUCUUGGCCAAAAAACAGAUACUGAGAUUUUGCAGAAAAUCUAUGAAGGUAUAAAGACCUGUCAGAUACCUUCAUUCAAACGCAGAAAGCUGUUCGAGGUUGAAGGAGUGAUCGUAAGUGAUGAAGAAGAAUGGAUUGAGAAAACCUGCGAUGUUGUCUCUGCAAAAACCAACCCUACUCCAUACAGGGCUCAAAGAGCUGUGUUGGUGAUCUGUGAGACCAUCAAUCGAGCAAAGGUUCUCUACCGUGCUCUAGGAUACAAAGUCCAGAAAGAAAAGCUUUACAUAAGCAACAACAUGGACAAUUCUGAAGUCUUUCAAGGGCUGCAGCCUGGAGACAUCAUCGUAGCAACAAACCUUGCAGGUCGUGGGAUGGACCUUAAGGUUUCUAACGAUGUAAAUACAGCUGGAGGUUUGUUUGUCGUGCAGACCUUCCUGCCUGAGAAUGCUCGUGUGGAGGCACAGGCCUUUGGACGCACUGCUAGACAAGGAUCUCCUGGGUCUGCUCAACUCAUCGUCUGCUCCAGCCAUUUGCAAGAACCGCUCAAAUUGCUGGCUUUAUUGGGCAAGCUUCAAUCUUCCUUGGAGAACAUGACCAAUGUCCUGCCACAUCUUUUUGUGAUGCAAUUUAGGUCUUAUCAAAAAAGGCACAGCAACGAGCAAUCCAACGGUAUGUCUUCAACGCUGUCACGUAUUUUGACUAAAAACUCCAAUUCAGGGAUAAAGAGCAUUAAACAGGUCAGAGAUGACUUGGCGACAAAAAGACUAGCUACCUUCUUGGAGUGUGUCAUCCCAAACAUAAAGAAGAAGGAAGAGCUCUUCAGUCUCUAUCUUGACACACUAGAUGAAGUGUACGAAAGCAGCAACAACAAGCCAGCAGAUUCAGAUUUGUCUGCACUGAAUGAAUUCUGGGGUAUGUGGCUACUCACCAACCUCAAUGAGAACAAGUCUAUCUCGGACUUAAAAGACAAACUAUCUGAGGACCUGAAAACAGCCAGGCAAAAACUCAGACGGAGAGACUCCCCCUCAUCAAACCUGCACCACUACACUGCAUUUGGCAAUGAUCUGCGCAAAAAGGGCAAUCUUGCAGACAGUAUCGAGAUGUACACUAAGGCCAUUCAGGAGGACCACUGUUGGGCAGCAAUUGCAUACUACAACCGUGCUUUUGCAUCUUUAACCAGAGACAGGCAUCAGGAUCGAAACUGCAUCGAUCAAGCUCUGGAGGACUUGCAAAAUGCACUCAAGUCUGUUGAGCUCUACCUUGAACAAAUUGAGGUCACUCUUAGAUACUCCACACAGGUCAAGGAACUCUGCAGCGAUUCAGUCACCCGAUUUGACCAUCACAUGAUAACCAGACACAAAGUGUUGCUGUGUUUCAAAGGGAACAUUACAGACGCCAUCAGGAAGGUAGACAGGGCCAGAGACAUAGGUGGGAAUGUAAAAGUGGAGGAGAGUCCAGUCCACUUUAUGGUUCCAGCAGUGUAUUUUCUGCCCUCGGCAGUCCUUUCGAUCGCAUCACUGAAUCUAAUCCGCUCCAGAGACCCUCUGAAGUUGCUCCACAUCAUCAGACAUCCGCACUUUGACAUUAUCAAUGAACUUAGGUGUCUUAAAUCUCUGGGCCUGACUCAUGUCUAUACCUUAGAUACACUGUUCUCUCUGGGUGGCUUUUUCUCAAAGAUACAUAAGACCAUCUUCUCUUGAUUGAAGAUCGAGGCAGGCGUUCAGCACAUGAGCAAAACAAUCAAGCAAGUAGUAGAGCUUGUUGUGGGUUUUAAAGUUCCUCUUUUGGUUUUGAAAUGAUGUCAACACUGCAAGUUUUGGGGAGAUUCCUUGUGAACCAUGUGAUCCUAACUGGACCAAAACCAUUAAAGUCAGAAGAAGAAGAAGUUUCAGGUGUUAAUGCAUUUUUGAUAUGUUAAUCAGUACUGGUUUCCUACCAUUGUUACAGUACAUAUAAUAUGGUAUAUUUUUCUAUUAAUUGUUGUCAGUUCAAUUGAACAAUUGCUAAUCACAGAAGUCUUAAUAUGAAUGUACUUUAUUGUACUUUUUGCAUAUAUAUUGUGCAAUGGUAAAGGGUUUCUGCUCCAUUUUGUUGGAAUUAUUGUCUAUUAUCACUAUUGUGCAUCUUGUAUUAUAAAGAUCAUAUAUAUAUAUACUUGAUCCAAAAUGACAAUGAGAAAGUAAUGUUGUGAUACUGGCAUUUUGCUUUUUGAAACAUAUACCUAAAAACACAGUGUAAAAUGUGUUUACAAAGUUAAUAUGAUACUAAAUCACUGAAUUAAUUAGGUUUCUAUUCACUGAAGGCUUAUAUUUUUGGAGAGCUAUAAAAUUACAUUUGUAUUACAUUUUGAUUCUGUAUAUAAUAAAAAGCUAUCAUUUGAAACCUGAUGGUUAUUGGCCAAUCAUUUGAAAUACAUAUUACUACACUGUAUUUACAUAUGUUUGUAGUAACAAUAAUAAUCAAAUUGUAAGAAACAAUGCAUGUGACUAGAACUGUUUCCACAGUAUUUGAGGUGUAAUGAAACUUUUAUGCAUGUUGUUUUUCAGAACUGUUCAUUCUUUACAUGAACAGAACAUCAAAUAGACACUGAAGCAUAAAGACUGAACAGGGACUCAAUAUAAUCACUUCAUUACUGCCACUGUGUGGUAUAAUGUGGUACUGAAGUUUGCUUGCAUUGGAGACUGGAGUCAUGUAGGCUUGUUACAGUCAUUUGUUUAGCACAGUAUCAUAGCAUUUUGUGAGAUACAUAAAUAUUAGAAUACGGUAGUUGUCACAAUGUUAAUUUAAUUUCAAGUAAAACAAUUGGUUACGGUUAGGGUAUUUGGUGUAUGCUAGGUACAGUAAAAUGGAUAAAGAUUUAGGGGAUUUAGUCGAGAUUAAAUAUAAGUCUUUAGUUCAACACAGGCUGAUUUAAAGGUAAAAGUAUCAUUCAGCUCAUCCAAGGGAAAAACAGUGGUAUAUAUGCAUUUACAUUGUUAAAUGCUGAGCUCAUUUGAUAAA